AUGCAUUCCCAACGUCUUUUUACCUUCAUUGCGUUAUGGCUAAUUUUAAGCUGUUUUCUGUUGGACCACGCUGAAGGCUUCCUAUAUCGCCCAGGAAGGAGAAAGCACCACCACAAAAAGAGAGGCCGGGGAUAUCUCGAACUUAAAAAAGCAAUAGCCGAUUUCGCCUCUCUACUGCGGGUAUGUAUUCAGACUGAUUAAUAGUAUUCCUACUUCUGGUAGUUAGGCCACUUACGCUUGAAAGCCAUCUCUAACACGACUGAAUCAACAUUUCGGCAGGUAAACUGAAUGAAAUUUAUCUGACGUUGAAUCUGUUCCCGCCCAAGUGAAAACGCGAGAGUCGCCCCUGAAAGCGCUCAAAAGUUUUAACAUGAAGGAAAAAAGCUUUAGUCGUCACAAGUCUCCAUGUAGUUUCCUAGCCUGCAAGAGGUUUUCUCUCAACAAUCAGGCUUGUUUCAGUGCUAACGUCCCCUAAAUGUUGUUACAGAAAAACACUAAAUUAAACUUGACUUUUUUUUACUUGUAAGAGUUACGUUCCUUAUUCUAAAAGGACUCUGAGUACUGUGAGAUACGCGGUUGUGUCAGUCUGUUAGUUUAUAGUUUCUCAUGAUUAACUGCUUAAGAUACCACAGAAAGCGUUUAAAACAGAUCGGAGACUACUUGAUUGACUAAGGUUGAUGGGAUAAUAGCUUUAAGCGAAACUGUAUUCACCUAGUCUUCGCGGUAUAAAGCCAUACAAUACGAAGGAGGCUGCCUUUGGACUUCAAAAAGGAAAACCGGCUAAAAAAAAUAAUGUAACUAAUUAUGGUAAAUCAAUCCUCGAAUAUAAAAGCCAUGGCUUUAAAUAUGGCCUCGGAAUUGUUACCUAUGUCAACGCGCACAGAUUUCGAAUAGAAUUUUUAGAUUCUGAUCUUUCUUUCAAUUGCGGACUACUCAUAAUUCAUAAUCGUAGUACGACUGAGUGUCUCUUGUCAUUCUAGCUUAGCAUAGGCCCCGUGGGGGCGGGGGGGGGGUUACUACCUAAAAUGGCCUAUACGGAGAGGCUCCCCCGAAAGGGGGACCUUUUUCAGGCUUCAGGUAUAUGAAAGGGUUAGGGAUUUCACUAUUUGAAGUAUAUGAAAGUAGGGAAAUAUGUCAUUUGGAUCUGUGAAAGGCCCAAAGGGCCGAACAAAUGAUUUUUAUGGCUUUAUAAAGUCGGGAAAACGUUCUAUAAUUGUGCUUGAUUCCUAUUUAAAUGACAAUGCAUUUACAGCAGUUGAAAGGGAUGCAAAGUUCUAAACGAGGUAUGUGAAAGGGGUACCAUUUGUCAAUGGAAGGUAACGAAUGGGGCACCUUUUUCGUGAAAAAUGGUGUAUAAAAGGGUAAUGAGUUGGACCUCGGGACGGAGCGCCCCGUAUAAAAAUUUGUUGAGUACCCCCCGGGGUCAUAGGCACUGCAAGCUCAGUGUGUAGGGCACUUACACGUGGUAUCCCGUUACGUAAUAUCAGCUAACCUGCGAAAAAAAAGUCUGCUAUAGAGAUUCAACUGGACAAAGUUCUCAAGAAAAAAAGCCGAAUCAUAAUUUCAUGGUGGUUUGUUUGCUUCAUUGUGUUUUUCCCUAAUCUUAAUACAAUUUAAUCGAUUUCUUUGUUCCAAGUGUUUUAGUCUCUCUUGAGGUGCCUGUGGAUUGAUUAAAAGAAACGGUGGGAGUUCAGACUGUAAUUGCAGCCAGAUUAUGGGACAUGAUCAAUCAUGAUCUUUUAGGUUUGGAUAAAAAUUUACCCCUGAAUCUACACGAACCUUAAAACUACUUAUGACUCUUAUUCAUUUCUUUAUCUCUAUUAUUAAUUAAUCUAUCCAUUCGUUUAUUAGGCUGCACUGAAGGCUCAAGCAAAAAAGAAGGAAACAGAAACGUCCUUGAUCUCCAAGUCGGUCAAGUUGCAAGCGACUGAGGGCUAG